AUGGUGAUUCCUGGCCCUGGGCUUCCUGCGACCUUUGCAGCUGCGAUCGGGGUUUUUCGCGAGACGCUCAGGCGUGUGCCACCGUGGCUUUUGUUGUCCGGCGCGGCGGAUCAGUUCGUGAAGCCUGUCACAAACAACUUUGCCUUCCCUGCUGUCACGCUUCCAUCCCGCGUGACUGUAGAACAGGACACUGUUGGGGGCGUUCCCGGGGAGUGGCACGUCCCGCAGGAUGCAAACAGCCGAGUGGACAACCUCCUUCUUUGGGCCCAUGGCGGCGGCUUCAUGUUUUGCUCACCUGGAACGCAUCGGCUGUUUCUGAGUCGAGUCGCAGAGCGAUCGAAUUGCAUUGUCUUCUGCCCAAACUACCGGAAGCCUCCACAGCAUCCCUUUCCCGAGCCGCUUGCGGACGUGUGGAAGACCUAUGAGGUGCUUCGGAGCCGAAACGCCCAGCAAGACAUCUAUGUGGGAGGGGACAGUGCGGGCGGCAAUCUGGCCCUGGAACUAGCACGCCGGGCCUGCGCUGAGCAGGUGUCCACGCACCUGCAGAAGGUGGCAGGUGUGCUGUUGCUCAGCCCUUGGGUGGACCUUGCGGACAACACGUCCGACUCAUGGUUCAAGUAUGAGGAGGUGGACUUCCUCCCACGUGUACAGUCACGUGCCGUCGCGAAGCUCUAUGCAUCGACUUGGCCCCUAGAG